UCCACGGUGGGGUCUGAGAUUCCCCCGCACGGGUCCGUGCGUGCACGGAGCCCCUCGGGACCCUCGCCCGCCCCGCGCCCCGUUUGUGCCGGUGCCGGUGGGACUACGGCUCCCGUGAUGCCGCCGCCUCCUCCCGGUCACUUCCUCCGCGCGGCGGGGCGGGGUCCGGCGGAGCAGCGCUCCCACUCCCCUCCCUCCGAUCCCGGUGCCGGUGCCGGUCCCGGUGCCGCCGGGAUGUCCGCCUCCAGCACGGCCGAGCCGGACACCGUCGCCCGCGCCCCGUUCGCCGUGGCAAGUAUCGGGAGCGGAGCCCCGGGGCGGUGCCGGGGGGUUCCCCGCCGGGGACGGUGUGUGGGAGGGUCCGCGGGGUCCCUUCGGAGCGCGGUGACGGGCCGCCCGUGCACGCAGGGACCGAGCGCGGAGCAGCAGCAGCAGGAGGAGGAAGAGGAGGAAGAGGAAGAGGAGGAGGGGGAGGAAGAAGAGGGGGGGGACGGCGCCGGGGGGUCGCGGCCCUGGGCUCCCCCGGAGAAACUGGAGCACGAGGCGCAGCUCAGGGCCGAGGCCAAGCGGCGGCUGCGGCGCGUCUCGUCCCGGGACUCCGCCCGGGAGCCGCCGGCCGAAGAGCCCGGAGCCGAACCCGGCAGCCCCAAGGGAGCGCACGAGCGGAGACCGCGCUGCGGGAAGGGCCGCGGGCUGCCCAAGAAAGGCGGCGCGGGGGGUAAAGGCGUGUGGGGCCCCGGCGUGGGGUACGGCUACCACGAGCCCGACGCCCGCGACCCCAACUACGACGAAGUGGCGCAGGGGGACACGGUCUGUGCCACCGUGAUGCCCGAACUGGAGGAGGACGAGCUGGAGCAGAACGUGCAGCCCAUGGUGCUGGAGUACUGCGAGCACGGGGACACCGGCGAGGUUGUGGAGCUGCUGCGGGGGCUGAACCUGGGCGGCCGGAGACACGCGGUGCCGGCGCUGGCGGUGGAGGGCAGAGCGAGUCACCGAGAGCUGACGUCGCGGCUGCUGUCCGAGCUGCUGGGCCGCGUGCUGAGCCCCGAGGACGAGCGAACCUUCGACGAGAUGCUGCGGGACCCCCCCGACCUCAUCCUCGACAGCCCCGAAGCCCCCCAGAUGCUGGGGCAGUUCAUUGCCCGGGCGGCGGCCGACCACGCGCUGCCACUGGAUUUCCUGGAGCGCUACAAGGGCCGCGUGGGCUGCGAACACGCCAGGUGCUGCUGCGCGAGUACCCGCUGUGCGGGGAACCGGGGCUUCCAGCGGGUGUACGCGGCGCUGAACGACCUCAGCCUGGACGCCCCACUGGCCCACGCGCGUCUGGAGCGGCUGCUGGAGCUGUGCUGCCAGCGUGGGGUGGUGACACGAGCGCUGCGAGAUGCCUGUAAUGCACGGGCCCGGAAGCGCUUUGUCAGCGAGGGCGACGGGGGCCGCGUGCAGCAGUGAGAGCCGGGCGGCUCCUCCGGGAGCACCGGGAGCACCGGACCGUACCGGGAGCACCGGGAGCAGCACCGGGCACAAUGAAGCUGUGCGGGCAGCCCGGCUCCGCGUCUGCGCUCAGUCCUCCUGCGGGCGGCUCCGCUGGGGGGCGCUGUAGCCGCGACUCGGCGGCGCUCCGUCCUCCUCGGCGCGUCGCGCGGCGAUGACGUCGACA